AUGUCGGGCAGGCGAAAUUACAGAAAUAAAAGAAAACCAGUGCGUGGUGGAGGUCAUCGUUUCACUCCCGCACUCCGUCGUUCGACCGCAAAACGUGGCGAGGAUGAAGAAAUGUGGGGUGAUAAUAAAGAAGAAGAGGAAAGCUCUGGAGAAGCUGAAAGCCAAGAAGAACAAAGUAAAGGAUCCGCGACUGAAGAGUUGCAAAAUGACUCUGAGAGCGAAGACGAGGGACAGGACGAGCCACCAAGCAAUCCUAAUCAUAUAAGAAAGGAAGAUAAUAUAAAGAACGCUAAUGCUUCAGAACCUCGGCAAAUGUCUCGGCGAGAGAGAGAAGCAGCCGAAAAAGAAGCAGCUAGGGAGCAGUAUUGGAAACUUCAUUUGGAAGGUAAAACUGAACAAGCCAAGGCCGAUUUAGCACGCCUAGCUCUUAUAAGAAAACAGCGAGAAGAAGCUGCAAAUGCGAGAAAGGCGAAAGCAGAAGCUAAAGCUGCAGAGCAGAAAGCAAGAUUGGAAAAAGAGGGUCGAAAGAUACGAAAAUGA